CCCGGAAACACGGGAUGCACGUCGGGCGAGCGCGGCAGGACGAGGGGAUGUGAGCCGGCGGCUGUCGAGUGUCCCCCCCCCCGGGUCCGUGCAGUGGGAUGGAUGCCCCCCGGCUGCUGCCGCUGCCGCUGCUGCUGCCGCUGCUGCUGGCGCUGCCGGUGCCCGGCGAGGAGGAAGCGGCGGUGCUGUGCGCCGGCACCGCCUGCUACACCCUGCACCGAGCCACGCUGGACUGGGGCAGCGCCCAGGAGCGCUGCCGGCUCAACGGGGGCAACCUGGCCCCGGUGCGCAGCGCCGGCGAGGCCGCGCGGCUGCGGGAGCUGCUGGCGGCCGCGGGCUGGACGGGGCCGGCCUGGAUCGGGCUCUCGCUGCUGCGGGGCCGCUGCGUGCAGCCGCAGGAGCCGCUGCGGGGCUUCGCGUGGGCGGCCGGCGGCGAGCGGGGCAACUUCUCCUUGUGGCUGUCGGAGCCCGCCGUGACCUGCCUGAGCUCCCGCUGCGUGAGCCUGCGGCCCGCGGGCUGGGCCGACGGCCCCUGCCGGGCCCCGCUGCCCGCCUUCCUCUGCAAGUUCAGCUUCCAGGGCAUGUGCGGGCCGCUGCCGCUGGCCGCGCUGCACCGCGUCACCUACAGCACCCCGUUCGGCGUGCGCAGCGCCCGCCUGCCCGCCGCCCCCUUCGGCACCCUGGCCGAGGCGCGGUGCGACGGCAGCCCCCGCGCCGCCUUCGCCGUCUGCAGGGGGACGGUGGAAGGGGGCGGCUUCGCUUGGCACCCCCCCGGCCCGCUCUGCCCCACCGCCUGCGCGCACAGCAACGGCGGCUGCCAGCAGCGCUGCCUGGAGGAGCCGGGGCAGCCCCCGCGCUGUGCCUGCCUCCCCGGGCACGUCCUGGCGCCGGACAUGGUGUCCUGUGUGCCCGAGGACGUCUGCAACCCCAGCCCCUGCCAGGGCACCUGCCGCGCCCGUCCCGGCGGCUUCGAGUGCGGCUGCGAAGAGGGGUACACCCUGGCGCCCGACGGACGGAGCUGCUUGGAUGCGGACGAGUGCCAGGCCGGGCCCUGCCAGCACGACUGCUACAACACGGCCGGCAGCUUUGUCUGCCUCUGCCGGCCCGGCUACCAGCCAGAGGCGCCGGGUAGCCCCCUCUGCAGCGACGAGGAUGAGUGUGCCCGGCCGGGCGUCUGCCCCCAGCUCUGCAUCAACGUCCCCGGCUCCUUCCAGUGCGCCUGCCAGCCCGGCUACAAGCGCCAGCCCGGGAGCAGCGAUGCCUGCGUGGAUGUGGAUGAGUGCCUGCAGGGUCCCUGCCCCGGGCUCUGCCGCAACCUGCCCGGCAGCUACGAGUGCCUCUGCCCCCCCGGCUUCCUCCUGGAGGAGGAUGGACACGGCUGCCGCCCUGCACCCACCAACGCAGAGGAGCCCGUGGGGGUCUCCAGCAGCACCCCGAGGACCACGGGCAUCUCACGGACCACGGGCAUCACCCGGACCUCGGGCACCCCAUGGACCACGAGCGUCCCCCACACCACGAGCAUCCCUGCUGGGGCAACAACACCGUCCCCCACAGCAGUAGGGUCAGCUCCCGGCGCCGAGCACAGCGCCGAUGGCCCCAGGCUGCUCCUCUACUACAUCCUGGGCAGCCUGGUGGCCAUCCUGCUGCUGCUGGCCUUCGCCCUGGUCCUGGUGGCUUGCAGGAGGAGGGAGGCCAGGAAGGAGAAGCGGCCGGCUAAGAGUGCGGCUGACAACUACUGCUGGGUGCCCGAGCAGCCGGAGAGCCAUGGGGCAGGCGGUGAGCGCAGGUAACGGUGCCCGGGGCAGCAAAGGGGGAGGAAAAGCCUCCAUGGGGCAGAGCUGGUUUGCAGAUGGGAAAGAGAAGAAACAGGGAUGGGGGGGGCGGGGGGUGGUGCUGUCUGUUCAACGUGGGGUUACGUGUCCAAGAGCCUGUCCUGGGGCUCCUUGUGAACCAGGAGCUGAUCUCCCCCCCCUCAAAGGCAGUGCUGGUGGGAAGGCAGCUGGAAUGUGUCCUGUAAUGUGGUUUAGAAACCAGCCACUGCUCCUCCGACAGGGACAGUGCUGCGAGGUGAAAGGGAAUGGGGUUGGAUUCAGCGCUGCAGAACCUCACUCUGCUUAAACCCAGCAAGUUAAAAGGACUGAUUUCACUUCCUAAAGGAAACCAGUUCAUUUCGCUUGUCAUUUGGUCUCCCCUCCCUGCGUUUGAAAUGCUGACAUGAGAAAGCAGCCCAGUCCCUGCCCUGUCCUUGCACCCCCCCCAGUCCUGUGCCAUCCCAAAAGCACUGCCAGUGUCCCCCCUUGCCCGCCUGACCAUGGACAGCCUGCAUUCAUCCGUGGGUUUGCGUUGUUCUCCAUGGGACGGCUCUGAAAUCCUCCUGUGUUUCCCCAGGACAAGCACCGGUGGCUGCAGCCACAAGCAGAGGGUGUUUGUCGUGCUUUGUUGUUAAAGAUGUCCCACGAGAGGUGAUGGAAAUAAACCUGUUUAAAACCACAGCAGCAGCCAGCUUCUCACAGGGAGCAGGGCUGGUGGGUGUCAGCCAUCCGCCCCUGCUGCUCCCAGCGGCAUUGAGCUGGGUUUGGAGCAGCAGGACAGCGGUGCUUCCCAAGGGAUGGAGCCCCUUUACCUGGAUCCAGCCCCUAAGCUCGGGAAGUGCACAGCCCAGGGAAAGCUGUAGACAAGGAGAGACUGUAUAGGCCUCUAUAGGUGGGGGAAACAAGGUUUAGGAGCACCAUGGACCUGUUUCCUGUGCGUUCAGUGUAAAAACACUUGGAAAAUAGAGAAGACAACACUCGCCUUCACAUACAGCCGGAUGUGAGGGGGCUUUUCCUCUUGGAUCGUACUUCUGGGGUAGAAGCCUUUCCUGACAGCUUGGGGUCCAGGCUGAGCGUGUUUUCCAUCCCUCUCCCUCUAAAGGAUGCACUGGAUGUUGUGUAUGUGCUGUUGCUGUAUAGAAAGUGUCUAACCUGGCUUCAGAGCACAAGUGUUGUCGGGGUGAAGUUCCACAGCCUUGCCCUGGUACCUCACUUCAGAGAGCUCUUCACACUCAGUGAUUCCAGACAAGGAAGCUUCAUCGAGCUGCUCCAGCAUGGACCCUUCCCCAAACCCCCAAAGGGCGCAGAGGCCGUUCCUGCUUCCCAUCGAGCUUCAGUGUGUGCCCACACUCCACACGGGAAAAGGGUGCUAGGGAAGAACAGGGAUGUCCUGGGGGGGGACGGGGACCAGAGUUUCCUGAAGUUUCUGCUGGGUUUAUUGUCUCCUCGAGGCUUAAUUGCUGCCGAGAUGGGACCUGAGCACAAAGGAGUCUGCGGCAGGCAGGGACCUGCAUCCUGUUCUUCCACGGGAAAAAAAACCCUUUCCUGCUGGGUUUUUUCCGUCUUCGUGUCUCCAUUGUGGAAUGACCCAAACAA